AUGACAUUGCGAUCGAUUUCGGGGGACAUAAACCCUCACAAAUUUAGAGUGGUCAUUGUUGGCGGCUCAAUCGCCGGCCUGACUCUGGCCCAUGCUUUAGCUGCCAAGAAAAUUGACUUUGUCAUUCUCGAGGCUCGUGAGGAAAUCGCUCCAAAUGUUGGCGCAAGUAUUGGCUUCACCGGUAACGCCCACCGGAUCCUGGACCAACUCGGUGUGUGGGAUGAACUUGCGGAACUCGCAACCCCCAUAAUCCACAACUAUGCAUGGAAUGAUAAAGGCCAUCAACUUGGUUACACGGAAGCCUUUAAGCUAUCUCAAGUUCGCCAUGGAUACCCAGUUAUUUUCCUUACGCGACAGCAAACACUGCACGUGCUCUGGGAUAAGUUGCCUGACAAGAGCCGUGUUCUAACUGGUAAAAAAGUAGUGAAGAUGGAGCAAUCCACUACUGAAGCAACGGUGCAGUGCCUUGAUGGGUCUACCUACACGGGUGAUAUCGUUGUUGGUGCCGAUGGGGUGCAUAGUAUUAUUCAUAAAGAGAUGAGUCGACAAAUGGAAACGAUUCAGCCGAAAGAUUCAUUGCGCUCUGAAAAUAAGGGAAUGGUCAUGCAAUAUCGCGGUGUCUUUGGUAUUUCAUACUCGGUUACAGGGAUCAGAGAAGGAGAGAUGCACAAUGUCUUUGUAAAGGGGGCUUCGGUCCUUGUUAUUGGCUGUAAGGACCAUGUGUUUUGGAUUGUUGGAGUCAAGAUGGAAAGAACAUACUACGCCUCAGAAGCUCUUCGUUUCGAUCCGUCGCAACUGGAAGAUAGCCUUGCAUUUUUGAUGAACAAAUACGUCUGCGCAGGAGUUCAAUUUAAGGAGGUAUACCAGCGAACUAUUCGAUGUAAUCAGCUGCCUCUUGAAGAAGGUAUGUUUAAACGAUGGAAUUGUGGAAGGGUAGCUUGUAUCGGGGACUCGGUACACAAGAUGACUCCCAAUCUUGGCCAGGGAGGAUGCUGUGCGAUAGAAGAUGCCGCAACCCUGGCCAAUGCAAUAAUAGAAAUUGUGGAAAUCCCAGAAAAACAGCAGCUUCCAAAUAUCGAAAGCAGAUUGAGCUCCUGGGCAACUGCGAGCAAGCCUAGGAUGAAGCUUAUUUGUACGCUCUCAGAGAGUGUGAUUCGGAUGCAAUCGCUUGAUAAUGUGGUCUAUGAGAUUACCGGCCCAAUCUUUUCCAAGUACUAUAUGGACGCCUUUGCAGAUCUCAUAUCAGACAUGGGCGUGGGUGGAGAAUGCAUAUCUUUUCUACCUCUACCAGAACGUCAGCGCACCGGGACGAUGCCGUUUGGAAAACGGCAUUAUAUCGGGGCCCCCAUUAUACCAUCCGGCCGUCUGCUUUGGACCAUCCCGCUUCUGAUGUGCUUAUUCUUAAGCAUCAUUACGUCUCCGGGAAAGUCCUCAGCUUCGAGCUCUUGGGACGUUUAUUCUGUGGUUGCAGACUUGGGAAUUUUCCAGGCUAUUUGGGCCAUGGAGAGCGCAAGACUUUGCAACGCCAUAACAUUCAUGAGCUUGUAA